AGUUAGUAAGUCCCAUACUCUAUUGCAACACAGGUAAUAUCACAAGAAUCUGUUGGAAUGCUUCAUAGAUUAUCUGGAGGAUCUUGGGACCCUCAUGACCAAAAUGUUGUGGCAACCAUAUGCGAAUCUUGGCUACAAUGUUGGGAUCUCAGGACCAUGAAGAAGGCAAAUUCAAUUGAGAAUGCACAUUUUAGAGACGUUGAUUAUAAUCCCAAGAAGCAGCAUAUAAUUGUCACUGCAGAGGAUGAAUCAGGGAUUCGUAUUUGGGAUCUCCGAAAGCCCAAGUUUCCUAUGGCUGAGCUUCCUGGGCAUGUGCAUUGGACAUGGGCUGUUCGCUACAACCCUGAGUAUGAUGAUCUUAUAUUGACUGCUGGAACAGACUCGGCUGUAAAUUUGCUUUUGGCUUCUACUCCUGGAAGCAGUGAUUCAACACCUGAAAGCUUAGCUGACUAUGCAGCACUUCGAAUGGAUCCUUUACUGCAUUCGUACAGUGACUAUGAGGACAGUGUUUAUGGUAUUGCAUGGAGCCACAGGGAGCCUUCAAUAUUUGCUUCAUUGUCAUAUGACGGGAGGGUGGUAGUGGAAUCAGUAAAGCCAUAUCUCGACAAGAACUGAAAGUUCAUAUCCAUCCAACUGGCCAUUGAACUCUGGUGAUGUAACCCUAUUGGUUUCCGGCAUUUAUAUUGUCAAGCUUUCAUUUCAAUGAGUGUGAUAGAAAUUGGUUUAUCAGAAUUUUGCUUCUGUCGCUUAGGCUUAUGUUGAAUAUUUGCUAAAAGGUUAUUUAGUUUAUUGACAUUUCAUAUAAAUAAUUAAUAAUGCAUGUUUUAUUAGCAGA